AUGUUAGUAGCAUCAGCAAUAUUGACAGUAACAUCAAAUAUUACGGAUGAGCGUGGAAUCCAUAUAUCACGACGAUCACGCCGUGAGCCAGCCGUAUGGGGUGAGCCGGCGCCGGAUUACAGUGCUGUUCAACUGAAUAAUUAUGUACACUUCCUCAACGUCCUCAUUUUCGUUGAUUCUAAGAUCACUAAUCAUUAUGGCUCAAGCAUGGAUAAUAUGAAGAGAGAUGUGAUGAAAUUGGUUCAAGAAGCCAAUAAUUAUUUUUAUCAAAUAAAUGUUCGAAUAAUUGUGGUGGAUAUAUUACAAACAUAUCGUAAUAACCUCAGUUUAUAUUCCUUUGAAGAAUACAGAAAUCGGAGAAUAUCAAAAUUACCGACUCAUGAUUUUGCUGCCUUAAUUUCAUACCGUUAUGCCGGUGGGUUAGCAUUUGUUAAUGGCAUGUGUACCUCAAAGGCUGUUAUGUUGUGCGGGUUUUAUCCACAUAAUCCAUUUGCAAUGGGCGGUAUAUUUUUCCACGAAGUAGCACAUCUUCUUGGUGUACCUCACCGUAACGCAACUAAUCUCAUCGAUGUACCGAAUUGUUAUUGUCCAAUGGGUCGAAGUGCUGCUAUUUCUGGAUGCCUUAAAAUACCAGGUUACGAUCACGACUGCACGUUACAACAAAUGGUGAAUAUGCUGGAGAAAAAUCGUUGUCUGAGGCAUUUUAAGGCUAUCAAUUUCUUCUUUACGCAACAUAGGGUUGAAAACUCAUUGCCGCUUUGCGGUAACGGCGUUAUCGAAGGUAAGGAGGAAUGUGAUUGCGGUUUGCACAGAUUGUGCCAUAAUUGGAAUUGCCGCGCCGAUGAAUGUUUACAGAUUGUGAAAACCUGGCAAUUGUACAUUUGUGGUUGGAUAACUAUUGUGUUUUUUAUCACAGCAGUUGUUUUCUGCUUUGCUCGACGAUAUUCCUGCUCAUUAACAAACUAUAGCUGUGCUGUAUGCAAUCUUCUACAACUUCUUUCGAGCCUUAAAUCAGUAAUCCGUCCGAAAAGUAGGCAUUUUUGGCAUCGUCGUACCAGUAACUACGCGCAAUCAUUACGUCGUGCCGGUAAUGGUAUUGUCGCAGCCAAGCACCAUUUCAUUGGAAUACCUCAUAAGUUGGAUUCAAGCGGCAUAGCGGUAUUAAUUGCAUCCAAUGAUAAGGAAUGUCUCGUACGCAAGUCGACGACAGUGCGGCCCACACAACCACCACCACCGCCUCCGCCAUUUUCAUCUCGGCGAACUCUUGACAAAUCAUCGGUAAAUGUCGCACCAUCUCCUUUGAAACGACCACCACCAUUACCAAUAAAACCGCCCAACUUAUUACUUAAAAUGAUUAUAACGGGUAGUGGUGACAUAUAUGAAGUGCCUAAUACAACAAGGAAAAGGUUAUCAUCGCUAAUGCAAUCCAAUAGAGUGAAUUAUUCGCAAUCAUCGGAGCAUUAUACGGAUCAGUAUGAUAGCAUAUCACGAAAAUUCGAGGAUGAUUUUGACGAGGAUUUUGAUGAAGACGGAUUGCUUUCUGAGUCACAGAUUGAUGAGAAGCAACAUCAACCGAUACACAAUACAGUGACAGUUCCCGUGAAAGAACGUUUACCCGUACAAGAAGAAAAAAUCGAUAAAUCAGUGCCAUUGCAUCGUUUGGAACACGUAGCCAAAUUAUCUGCACGUGAGGAAUCAUUCUCAUCCAGCGAAUCAAGAAGUCAGCUCUAUCCUUCGGAUGAUACAGUAAGCACUGGGCUAAGUGAAGAAGACGACCGCUUUGUUUCUGUUACCGAUAUUAGUAAAGCGGAAAUCGAACGUCGCCGACGAGCUCGAAUGAAUGCUUCUUUGGAUCAACUCAAAAUGUUUCACUUGAUAAAAUCACCGAAAACUGAAUCAAAAGUGGAAAAAAUUGAAAUUUUGGAUUUAACAAUCAAAUAUCUUCAGUCAGUUAGUAAUGAUCAAAGGAGAGGAUCAGAAAAGAUGGCAUAUAUGGGAUUCAAGGAUGGAUUUCAGGCAGCUCAGAAAGCCACCACGUCAUUUAUCUACAAUCGGUGUUAUCCUUCUAUUUCGUCGCCAUUGGUUGCUUCGGUCAAUGCGGAACUGGCCUCAGUUUUUGACCAGUCUUUUAAGUCGAUGAAAUGGUUGCGACCUGUUUAUGGAAGCAGUGUAAAACAAAUGAAUGUACACCAAUUUGGACGACCAUCGGCAAACUUCUUGCCACAGUUGCAUUCAACACCGAUUUUUCACAAUAUUCCGCCAUUAUUCGAGUCGCCUGAAAGUGCAAGCAGCAAUCAGUCAUUAUCACAGUCAUUGUUAUUUUCAAUGUCAUCAUCGUCAUCAUCAGCGAAAGGAAGUGAUGAAAGUUUGAAUGAAUCCAACAGUAUUGCGGAAUUCGUUUGCGUCACUUGUGAAGGAAACUGCCACUGUAAUAAAAAAUAA